UCUCGUCAGUACGACCAUACUAUCACGUCUUUUUUUUUAAUCCAAUAAAGCUUAAAAAAAAAUUUUUAUCGGAAAAGGAAAAUUUCAUUGAAAAAUUUUCAUAUGGUUGUUUUUUUAAAAUUAAUUGCGUACUGUUUAAUAGACAUCCGUAAAUUUUAUUGCUUUAAUUAACGGAGUUUGUAGUGCUGAUAGAAAAAUAAAAAUGAAUGAUUGAAUUAUAAAAUAAUGGAAAAAAAUUCUUUUAAUUAGUGGGAUUUUACAACAGAUUAUUUUUUUUUUUAAAUGACAAUUACUCAGAAAUAUUUUUUGUGUUAAAAUGUAAUUUUUGAAUUAGUAUCAAGUGAAAUUACAUUGAUAAUGACAAUAAUAAUGACAAAGUGAUGACCUGAUGACACAUAUAUGAUUACCGUAAUGUAAUGUAAUGUAAAGUGUAAAUAAGGAAGGAAGUGUUUAUUAUAAAAUCAGUGACUAGUGGGCUUAUUCUAAUCCGGGUGUGACACCCGAGGUUUCACGUGCAGAGAACGAAAACUAUGCGGUACGAUGAGAGGGCCAAGAAUCGGUGGCCUACCGAGUGCGAGAUACUUGGAUCGAUUCCAACAGAGGCUCCAAAUGUCGAUCACACUUUUUUUUAUUUCUUUUCUUAUAAGAACUUCAAUAUCAGUGCCACUAGGAAAAUCAGAAAGACUUCAAAUGCAGUUACAAGAACCCGACGGAUCACAAGAAAUCGAAGAUUUACCAAUAUUCGAACAGACAGUCACCAAUGUAACAGCUUUAGCCGGACAAACUGUUUACUUGCCGUGCAAAGUCAGGAAUUUGGGUGACAAAGUUGUUUCGUGGAUACGAAGUAGAGAUCUACAUAUUUUAACAUCGAGCGACAUAACAUUUAGCUCAGAUCCAAGAUUUAGUCCAGUACAUACACCUGGUAGCGAUGCUUGGACAUUAAAGUUAGAAGAUACUAAAAAAACUGACACAGGAAAUUAUGAAUGUCAAGUUAAUACGGAGCCUAAAAUAAUGUACACUAUCUUACUUAUAGUGCGAGAUUCCGAGCUGUCAGAAGGAAAUGAUUCCCCGCAUUCACAACAGACUCAAUCCAGCUACGAGAGUACAGCUCCAGUUGCAACAAUAAUGGGCCCGAGAGAACAACGGGUGCCAUCAGGUUCGACGAUCACCCUGCGGUGUAUAAUAACGUCUCCAUAUCAGCCACGGCCCAUCAGAGGCGCACAAUGGCUGCGAGACAACAAACUCCUGACAUUCCAGCCGGGAAGAGGUGGUUUAGUCAUUGAAACAGAGAGAGUUGCUGGUCGAACAAGCUCCGAAGUUACUCUUGCGUCAGUAACGAUGGAAGACAUGGGUAAAUACACUUGUCGACCGACUGAGGGUAGAGCCGAUACCAUAUUGUUAAUUGUUGAACAGGGUGAACGUACUGAAGCAAUGCAACGCGAUGCAAGCUAUAUACCAACAUCAUCAUCAUCAUCACUGUCAUUAUUCAUGAGUAAAAUUAGUUGUCACAUAGUUUUAUCAAUAAUCAUCUCUACUCUCAGAUGAUUUAUUCUUACGACAAUAAAUCACCCUGACAAAAAAUAGACAAAAAUUUUUUUUUAAGUAUUAUACAGUA